AUGAAGCAGCCGACAGAUGUCGACCCACUACCAGCACUGGGUCGCGAAGAGAAGUCAACGCGAUCAGGUGAUGCUCAGGUUGCUGCUCUCGAGGAGAUGGUGAAUAAGAAAUCGAGGAUGCGCAUUCAGCUGGCAACGAAUGCGAAAAUCAGUCUCAAGAAAAAAGCUCCUCCGCCUGCUGAGAAGAAGGCCGACCGGCCAAAAGACGAACCGGGAAUGUCAACGCCUACCGAAGAAAUAUCUGUAGGCAUGAUUCUCCGCAGUUGUCUCGCUUCCAUGGACGCGAUGCUAGGCGAAGUCCAGGAUCACAGAGUGGACACGGAAACAGAAACUCCGGACUUCAAGCUCAAGUUCAAAGGAUGCCUCGCGGCAGUUGGUGCCACGAUCGCCGCAGAACCAGGCACGGAUUUCCGCGUAUCGAACGACAUUUCUCCGGAGAAGAAGAAGGAUACGGAAGAAGAAACAUCGAACGCCGUAGAGUCCGAAGAGACUGAUUCCGCUGAUGUCGUCAGGAAGGAGCCGGGAAGACCCAAGAAAGCUGUUCGAAACUUGAAACAAACAGUGGAUCCGGGGGACGCUUCUGAGUCGCCUGCCGAGCAGAACGUGCCGACGAAAAUUGCUGCGGAAAAACAGGUGGAAAAAUCAGUGCCGACAAGAGCUCUGAGGAACAGAUCCGCCAAAGCGGAGCCCGCCGAUGACCAAACGAUGCCAGUAACCGAGGUGAAACUCGAAGAUCAAAAACUCGAAGCUACCGAUGCCAUCAAGAGGAGAGGUAGGUCCGGGAGAACGCCGCGGGUUUCUGAAUCCACCGCCGCGUCCGGCGGAACGCAGGAUCGCGAUAAAACUGAUCAAAAUGUUGCGAGUCAGGAGAAAGCCGAUCCGUCGACCGACGACCAAGGAGUGAGACGUGGCAGAGGUCGCCAGAAACUUAUCGAAGCCGAAGACGAAACCCCAGCUGCACCGAAACGUGGUCGCAAGCGGACCAACACCGGUUCAGAGCUCCUUCCUGAGGAUGUUCCCGCAGACGGCGCCUCGAAACUGAACAGCCCACGGUCAGAGGAGCGAGACGAACUACCGAAGACAAGCACUCCGAUUGCUCAGUCUAAAUUAGACAUGAAAGAAACUAUCGAAAGCACCAGGAAAAAACGUGGACGUUUCCGAAAGGAGGGAUCGCCGACAGACGAAAACGAGGUCGAAUCAGAAAAACCAGCACCUGUUUCAACCCGUAAGUCCCCGAGGUCGGCAGAAGAUUCAGACUCCGCCGAUACCGCGCCCGACGACGCAGACAAGGCGAAAAGACGAGGGAGACCGCCCCCGACCGACGACUCCCGAUCCACGAAACAAAACCAGAAGUCGAUGCCGCUCAGGGGUAAGGGCAAAAAGACUGUUCUGAAGGUCGCCCUCCCAAUACGGACUAGAUCGACCCGUGGCCACGCAGGGAUAUCGGGACAAAGUCCCCCCGCCGGAGAAAGUGGCUCUGCGGCUCAAUUCUCUCUUCCCCCUCCCCCGCCUCCCGCGCUAUCGGCUUCGAGAUCCCCAUCCCCGAAAAUUGCGUCUCCUCGAGGCACCGUUCGCUCGGUGAGAGUGCCUCUGAAGAAGAAACCGCAACGAAAUUCACACGCGUCCGAUACGGACACCGCGGAAGAAACUCUCGACCAAGAGGAAUUUUUGCGCCAAAAAGAGAAACUCGAAUCCAGCCCGAGCGCAACGUCGACACCAUCGACAAGCCAUCGAGUAGUAGUGUGCACGCUCCCCGUUAACGCGGAGUCGGCGAAAGCACUGCCAUCGAGUUCCAUCACGACGACGACGACGAUGGCAGCAGCGAGACUUGAUGAGCCCGCCGGCAAGAAGCAGAAAACCGCCACGGAUGUUGGAAUCACACGCGUUCCGAAGGAUGGCGCAGACCGAGUCAGACCACAAGCGAACGCAGCUGCCGUUCUGAUCGUCGAAGGCAAACGAGAGCGGAAGCGCAAAGUGAUGAGUGAGUUCGCGGAUCCGAACGCCGUUCUCGAGCCGGCGCCGGUGACCGUGACGAAAUCGCAUUCGUCGCUCCCGAGUCAGCAAUCGAUCGUGAGACCGAGCACGAUCGUAAAGUCGGUGGCGGUAACCUCAUCGGUCCACUCGGCACCCUCAGCUGUAACGGUGAAACCGAUGGUGACGAUCGUUAAUCCAUCGAUGACGAACCGACCGAACAUCACGCUGGUGAGCAGCGCGUCCCAGCCGAGCUGCUCCUAUCUCCACACCGCCCAGAAGCCGAUCCUCAUCACUGUUCCACCGAACCCCUCGAGACCGAAUACGACUACGAGUUUUUCCGGAAUCACGAAAACAAUCGUUGUGCCUAAGGUCAUCACUCGCCCCAUAGUUCAGAACGUACACCAACAGCAGAAUGUGCAGCAGAGACAACAGCAAUCGGCGCAGCAAAUGCAUCCGCAGCUACACCAGCACGCUCAGAUCCGCAGUAUUCGAUUAUCGCCAUCGAUGACUUCUACGCCCGUGCAGCGAUCCGCAACGACGAUCAUUUCGCGCCCACCCGCGCAGCGCGUUCUGCCUUCGCCGAUCAGGCCCAACAAAGUCUUCCUCCGAACCGUCGCACCUAUCAUACCCCAGCGACACAUCACCGUACAGGCAACUCCGUCUCAGCCGACGGUGCGGAGCAUUACGGAGCCCGCUGGUUCCAGACCGGUCUCAGCGGCUAUGGUGAUAAGGAAUCCGCCGAAGGCCGUCGUCAAACCCUCCGAAGCCACAGCGAAGAAACCUCAGACGACCACUGUCAGAAGAGUCACUCAACAGAUCGUCAAACCUGUCGAGCGUAAAACGGCCGCCGCCGCAGCGGCACCGCCGCCACCGCCGCCACCUGCGAAGAAAGCAGCCGUUCAGCCGCGUAAGGUCAUAAACGUCGCCAGAGUCACUCCGGAGACCGUACAACCAACAUCAUCGAUGAUGGAUAAACUCUUGGAAGAGCCUCGCUUACCGAAAGUGGGCAAGAAACCAUUGAGCAAGAAGCAGAGAAGCAUGAGGAAAACAGAUCUCAUCAAAACGUCGACGCGUUCUCGUCGAAGAGGUACUGAUCUCCAGAUAAAUUACAAUGAGGACCGCUUGAGCAAGAUCACGGACGAGGACUCGGAUUCUCAAGAGGAAGUUCCGACGUCGACGGAUGAACUUGGUUCUCCCGAAGACAUCCAGCAGUCCGAACAGAACGAUGGACAAGAGCCUCAGGACGAUAUCCCUGUUGCCGUGGUUGAAGUUUUCCUGUCCCAGGACGAAGUCAAAUUGCGUGAAGUGCACUCGCCCACGAAACAAGAUCUCGUUGAUUUGAAUCGUCAGCCUGUUGAACAGCCCAUGGAGGUUGCUCUCGGAGGCCAAGGAGCUCCGGAAGGGUUUUUCACCUCGGAAGAGGGUUUAGUUGAGACGGUUGACGUCCCUUUCGAGGGUGCUUCUAUCGAAGCGAUGAAAGCGGGCUUGGUGUCGACCAAUGACAACGCGUUUGCCAAGUCCUUGAUGCUUGGGGACGAUGCGCUCCUGCGGCGGAAAAUCAGCAAACGCAAAUCGAACCCCCUCGCAAAAGAAUGA